GGGAUGAAGUGGGUCGGGCUGGCGUUGGCAGCCCUGCUGCUGGCCGUAGUCAGCCCCCUGGCCCGGGGUGAGGAUGGGCUGGAUUUCCCGGAGUACGACGGCAUCGACCGGGUGGUGGACAUCAACGCCAAGAACUACAAGGCAGUUCUGAAGAAGUACGAGGUGCUGGCCCUGCUGUACCACGACCCCGUGGAGGACAACAAGGCCUCGCAGCGGCAGUUCGAGAUGGAGGAGCUGAUCCUGGAGUUAGCAGCCCAAGUCCUGGAAGAUAAAGGGGUGGGCUUUGGCCUGGUGGACGCCGAGAAGGAUUCUGCUGUUGCCAAAAAACUAGGGCUGACUGAGGAAGACAGCGUGUACGUCUUCAAGGAGGAUGAAGUCAUCGAGUACGACGGGGAGUUUUCAGCCGACACCCUAGUGGAGUUUCUCCUAGACGUGCUGGAGGACCCGAUUGAGUUCAUCGAGGGAGAUCACGAGCUGGAGGCCUUCGAGAACAUUGAAGACGAACCCAAACUGAUUGGCUACUUCAAGAACGAAGAUUCAGAGCAUUUCAGAGCCUUCGUGGAUGCUGCAGAGGAGUUCCACCCAUAUAUCCCUUUCUUUGCUACCUUUGACAGCAAGGUUGCCAAGAAAUUAUCUCUCAAACUGAACGAGAUCGAUUACUAUGAGCCCUUCAUGGAGGAGCCGGUGACCAUCCCUGACAAACCCAACAGCGAGGAAGAAAUCAUGCAGUUCUUGGAGGAGCACAAGAGGCCAACACUGAGGAAACUCCAGCCGGACAGCAUGUUUGAAACCUGGGAGGACGACAUUGAUGGCAUCCACAUCGUGGCCUUCGCAGAGGAAGAUGACCCUGACGGUUAUGAGUUCCUGGAGAUUCUUAAGGAUGUGGCUCAGGACAAUACAGACAACCCAGACCUCAGCAUCAUCUGGAUUGACCCCGAGGACUUCCCACUGCUGAUCCCAUACUGGGAGAAGACUUUCGACAUUGACCUGAACCGGCCUCAGAUUGGGGUUGUCAACCUGACCGACGCCGACAGCAUCUGGCUGGAGAUGGACGAUGAGGAUGACCUGCCGUCAGCCGACGAGCUGGAGGACUGGAUCGAGGACGUGCUGGAAGGGGAGAUCAAUACCGAGGACGAUGAUGAUGAUGAUGACGACGACGAUGAUGAUGACGAUGACGACGACGACUAGAAGCCGCCACUGGCAGCUCGU